UCGUUCUUCAAAUUGUCAAACAACAACAAUUAUCCGUUGAAAAUUGUACAAAACUGAAGGAAUUUUUUGCAAAAAAUAUUAAAAAAUAAUUAAAAAAACGAAAUGGAUUUUCAAUUUAUUUUGCCCUUAACAAAUGGGGAUUUGUUAAACUCCAGCCGGGACACUUAUUAUGUGAAACAUUUAUAUAGCCCAGGAGAAAUACCCGAGAAACUAAAAGUUUGCAAACAAAUGCUGCAUCAGGGAGAUCCUUUUUACCUCUUCGAUCAUUUCGAUACUUAUUAUGCGGUGAUAGAAAAUAAAAACACUGACUCGGUGGCCAUGACCAAUUUAAUGCGUAGCUUUGAUUUACUGUACUUGACGGUGGACAAGCUGGGCAAUCGUUUGGCACCUUUUUUGGCCGUCAGUGAGCCACCUACUCAACAGGAGAGAAAUGGUUAUUUAAAUUUAACAAAAAUGAGUUUGUUUUUAAUUGUCAAUGUGGUGCGUAAGAUUGAUGCGAAUAUUUUGCGGCUACAGCAGCAGCAACAGACCAAUCAGCAGAAAAAACGCGGCAAACAUGCCGAUACUGUGGAACAGUAUCCUGACUGGGAGACGAAACGUGGAAAAUUUCUUGUGCAAUUGUAUAAUGUUAUGCAGUUUCCAUUGGAGAAACUGUGGAGUCCUCCCAUGGCGGAGGAGAAUUUUGUCAACUUACUCUGUGACAUUUGCUACCGUACUUUAGAGUUGUUACAUGUACGCCCCGAUAACCGCCAUAUCGUUGAAACUAUCUUUCAAAUAUUUGGCACUGCCAUCAAACGUUAUCAACAUGCCAUGAACUUUCCGGUACGUAUUUUACAGAUAUUACGUACCACCGAACAUGCUGCCGUCUCCAUAGCCAAUGGCAUUAAUGUUUUACAUGAGGAAUAUGGCAUAACGAGUAUAUUUUCCGUUUUAAUCAAAGAAAUUGUAGAAUGUUUAACUUUAGAUUCGGCUGAUACGGUUAUAUCACGUAAUUUUUCCAAUUUCCUUAUGGAACUGGCUUCCAUAGCUCCUAAACUAAUGAUACCCCAUUUAUCCACUUUAUGUGAUGAAUUAUUGAAUUGUGAAUCGCAUGUUUUACGCAAUUGUAUUUUACAAAUAAUGGGUGAUGCCAUUGUUGGAGAAUUGACUUCAGAAGAAUUAUCGGAAGAGUUAAAAGAAGCACGUAAUGAAUUUCUAGAGAAUCUUCUAAUGCAUAUCAAUGAUGUGUCUGCUCAUGUACGAGCCAAGGUAUUGCAAAUUUGGCAUCAUAUGAAAGAGGAACAGGCAGUGCCUUUAUCAUUCCAAUUAAAAGUUUUAUGUGAGGCCGUAGAACGUUUGGAUGAUAAAACUUCGUCGGUUAGAAAACAUGCUGUACAAUUGAUUAAGGCCUUUUUGGAAAGAAAUCCCUAUUCGGCUAAAUUAACUUUGGCCGAAUUGCAUCAAAAACAUGAUGAAGAGGUGCAAAAAAUGGAAAAACUUACUGAACUCUUAGGAGAGGAACGUAAAAAGGCCGAAGAAUUGGAAGAACAAUGGAGUUUGGUUAUACCGGAGAUUUUGCCCUAUGUAGAGGAGAGUAUUAAAGAACAUAAUGCUCCUCCUGAGACUCAGGAGAAUUACGAGGACUUAGUGCAGCGCAUAUCCACUAUGUUGCUGGAAAAGAACUAUAAAGAGGCGGUAGUUUUAGUAAGAAAGGCAGAUCAUGUGGCCGGUAAUUCAGAACUAAGAUUAUCCUUAAGGCAUGAGGAACAAUGUGCCUAUUAUAUGGCUCUCUUAAAAUCCUAUAUAUUCCUGGCUAAUGGUUGUAAAGAUAGUAACGAAGAAUUGGGUACCCAAAUAAAAACUGUACAAUUUUUACAAGAUUCCAUAGAAUUUGCUAAGGUGGUGUCAAAAGCCAUGCCUAAACUGCAAGAAAUGUUAUUAUCUAAAACCAAUUCAGAUGUCUACGAGGCCGUAGACCUCUUCACCACCGGCUAUAUGUUUGGCAUUAAGGGUACAGAGAAUGGCAUGAGACAAAUGUUGUAUUUAGUGUGGUCAUCGGAUAAAGAGAAAAGAGAUGCUGUUUCAGAUGCCUACAAAAAGGUCUUAUUCACUACCGAUCAAACUGGCAGAGCGCAUGCCUUACGUGUGGUACAAAAUCUAUCUCGUUUUCUAGAGGGUUUAGAAUAUGGUCACUAUACAGCCAUGGAGUGUUUAGUUAAAGAAUGGGUAAGCAAUGAGGACAUAGAUGGUCUUAUUAUACAAGUUCUAUUUGAAAGAUUCACCUUAAAACUAGAGGGUACCACAGAAAAUGAGUCUCGUUUAGCUUUACAAUUACUCAUAAUGUGUUCAUAUGCCAAAUCCUCCAUAGCCUCAGCUAAUAUACAUAUAAUAGAGACAAUAGGUUUAGGUCCCAGAGGUAAAAAUGAUCCUCGUAUCUAUACUAGUUGUUUGGAAUUUCUACUCAAUUCUAUAGAUCAAAGUUUAAGCUCUAAAUACUAUAAACGUUAUGAAGUUGAUUCGCCUAUUGUGCAAAAAGUAACCAAUAUGUUUAUGAAAUUCUUUUUUCAUCCGCGUAUUCCCGAUUUUGAUAAAUUGGCCAUGAAAACUUUACAAUUCUAUUAUACUUUAUGUCAAACUCCCGAUGUUAUAUCGCAAAAUAUUGUUAUUGAAUUAAUGAAAAAAUUCAAAGCAUUCUCUGUGAAAUUAUGUGAAAUUACGGCCUCACAACAGGCACAAGCUUUAGAAACCCCCUUUUCUCAGCAAAUACCCGAAACUCAAACGGCAACACAACAAACUCAAGCCACACAACCGUCCAAUGGUAAUGAAGAUAAUGCCACACAAAUGCGUAUGCCGGUUUUCUUGUUAACACGUUUCAUCUUUAUUAUUGGCUAUAUGACCUUAAAGGAAAUGAUCUUUUUGGAUAUUGAUGUCUAUAAUAAUAUGAAAUAUCGUCAAGAAUUGACCGAAUGUGAGGAGAAGAAAAAGAAAAAUGCUUUAAAUGCUUUCAAUCAUAAUAGACGUAAGACGGGAAAUUUGAAUAUGUCAGCGACGGAGUCUUUGAAGAGAUUGUCAGGAGCAGCAGCGGAACCACAACAGGAGCCCGAUGAAGAUCUUGUUGGUGCCACGGCCGAGGACAACAUCGCCGAACUAAUCAAUCACAUUUGCGAAGAAGUUCUUCUCUAUGGUGAAAACUCCUUACUGGCGAAAAUUUUCCCCUACGUCAUGGAAAUUUGUAAAUAUCCUGCUAAAUAUCGUGAUCCCUCGCUACAGCAGGCCGCCACACUAGCACUCAUACGUUUUAUGUCUGUCUCUUCAAGAUUUUGCGAAGCCAAUAUGCCCUUCCUAAUGAAUAUACUUAAUCAUACGAAAAAUAUCAAAAUCAAAUGUAAUAUUGUUAUCGGUCUAUCGGAUUUAACUUUUCGUUUUCCCAAUAUAAUAGAACCCUGGACUGGGCAUUUCUAUUCGACAUUACACGAAGAGGACAAUGAGUUAAGAUUGACAGCAGUGAAAAUGUUGUCACAUUUGAUUUUGCAUGAAAUGAUUAGAGUUAAGGGACAAAUAGCCGAUUUGGCCAUGUGUAUAGUAGAUCCUCAUGCUGAGAUUAAAAAUAUUACACAACAAUUCUUUAAGGAAAUUGCCAAUAAAUCAAAUAUUUUAUAUAAUGUUUUGCCCGAUAUUAUAUCAAAGUUGAGUGACACUAGUUUAAAUCUGGAGGAGGAGAAAUAUCGCAUUAUUAUGCGUUAUAUUUUAAAUUUAAUACAAAAAGAUCGUCAAGUAGAGACUUUGGUGGAAAAGUUAUGUCUAAGAUUCCCGGUGACAAGGGAAGAGAGACAAUGGCGCGAUAUAGCCUAUUGCUUGAGUUUGUUGUCGUAUAAUGAGAAAACCAUUAAGAAACUUAUAGAUAAUAUACAGUAUUACAAGGAUAAAGUGCAAGUGGAUGAGGUUUAUCAAUCAUUUAAAUUGAUUAUAAGUAAUACCUCAAAGUUAGCUAAACCCGAGUUGAAAACCGUGGUUCAAGAACUGGAAACACGUAUUAAUGAGUGUCUUAAGAUACGCGAUCCAAAUGAGGAGAAAAAUAGCAAUGAAGAAAAUGAAAAGGAAAAUGCUCCCUCCAGUAAUACACAGAAUAAAACAAAAACGACAAAAUCUAAAUCUUCAAAACCUUUAAAUAGAACUACCAAUAGAAGAGCAGGAGGUGGAGGAGGAGGAGGACGUGGUAGGUCUGCUAGACAAGUAACAUCCUCAGAAGAAUCUUCAUCAGAAGAUGAGGCAAACAAUAAAAAAACCUCUAAUAAAUCACGUGCAAGAGGCAAGAAAGCGGCCGUUUCUUCAGAAAGUGAAUCAUCUAGUGAAUCAACAGAAGAGGAACGUCCACAACCGGCUAAAACUAAUAAAAAAUCAGCAGCUGCCAACACUUCGUCACGUCGUGGUGCAGCUGCCUCGCGUAGUAAAGUUAUACAAGAAACUGGCAGUUCGGAAGAGGAUAUACCACAACGUAAACGUGGUCGUAAUAAUAAAUAGUGUUUUUACAACAACAUUUUUUUAUUGUUUUCAUGUACUCUUAUAUAUAUUUUUUUAUAAAUAAAAUUUUGUAUUAAAAAAAAU